AUGAUCAUAGCCGGCUUUUUCGCUAUUGCCUGCUUCAACUGUUUCGAGAUCUUGAUCACCCUCCUCGACCGAUUCAAGAGGCCAAACAGUUUAUACUUUUGGAGCAUGCUGGUUACGACCCUUGGGAUCCUCCUCCACACGAUCGUCGUACUACUUCGCUAUUACGCUUUGGGGCCUAAUUUCAUCCUGGCAGUCCUGACAUGCGUCGGAUGGUACGGCAUGGUGACAGGCUUCUCUGUUGUCCUCUACUCGCGCAUUCACCUUGUCGAACCGGAUAAGACCAAGACUCGGUGGAUCCUCGUCAUGAUCGUCACGAGCUUCUGCAUCUUCCACGUCCCUGUCACCGUUCUCUUCCUCGGCAGCAAUACUCAGCACACCGCAACAUUUAUUCGGGCUUUUGACGUCUAUGAGCGCGUCCAGCUCGCGGGGUUCUGCAUCCAGGAGUGCCUCAUAUCAGGAUUCUACAUUCUCGAAAGUCUUCGCUCCCUCAGGCCAAUCCUCGCCAUCAAACUACCAAGGGAGCGCCAGAUUAUUAGGAACCUCGUCAUCGUCAACGUUUUCGUCAUUGUCCUCGAUAUCAGUCUGCUGGUGACCCAGUACACAGGCAACUUCCAGAUUCAGACAACCUACAAACCUGUCGUGUACAGCAUCAAGCUCAAGAUGGAAUUCAUCAUCCUCAAUAGGCUUCUCUGCCUCGUACAGCACGGCGACAAUAACGACUGGUACAAUCUCGAAAGUAGCAGCGCCCGGUAUGGCCAAUGGCAUCCUAGCAUCUCCGAUAUACGGUCGUUCGACCCCAAAGCCCAAUCAGUGGGACAUUCCCAUCAUGGAAUGCAGCUGCAACUGCAGCGAAUCUCCGAGCCUGCAGCGCAGUCCUUCGGCGUGGAAUCGUCAAAUCAUUCAGGUGACACUGCACCGCCAAGGAAUUUCCGGUUUCCGCCUGCCGCUGCAACGCGCUAG